AUGGCAAAUAUAGAACGCUUCGUUGAUCUCAUUGACACAUUUCAGACUGAAUCUGUUCAAACAUUUGCGCAAAUUGCAAAUAUUCGAAAUACAAUUAAAAAUAUAAUGCACAGUGCAAAAGUGGAAGUGCGAAAUAUUCAAAAAAUACAGGAGGAAAUUGUUGCACCUACAAUAAAAGUUAAAGGAUAUGAAAAAGAUCAAAAUAAAUACAAAUACUAUACGACACUAAACCAGGUACCGCAUGAUAUUAAAGCAAAGUAUGAUGCUGCUACAAACAAUACAAACAAAGCAAAUCAAGAUUUGAUCACUGUGAAUGGCAAAAAAAGAAUACUGGAAGCUACAUUAAUACAAAAGCUCGAUGAUAUUAAACGACAAUGUACUGAACUCAAAAAGAUUUGUGGCGGCUUCAAUCUUGUUAAUGAAAUAAAUGAUACGAUACACCAAUUAGAGAUUCCAAGAAACUCUAUCCGAGAUUUUGAUGUACGUCGUCAAGCUGACGAAUUUAUCAAUAAUUUAAAAGCAUUCUGUAAUGCAUUAGAAGCAACUGGCAGUCAGCAAAGAGUACAACAGAAAAGACAGCUGCAAAUUGUCGAUACUUAUAGUUCAUAUCCUGUAGCAGCGGCGCAGAACACGAAUCCUCCAACGCCUGGUGAUCCUUCUUCGCUGAGUGAUGAGCAUCAUUCAACACAACGUAAAAAUUCGGGACGACCACAUCGACCACGGUCGUCAGCAAUGAAUGGCGAUAAUUAUAUCAAGAAAAUAUUCGUUAGUGGAUUUACACCAGGUAAAAAGCGUCAGAAAAAGACCAUAUAA